AUGGCCAUCACCACAGAAACUUCCAUUAUUCAACUCAAUGCUCCAACACAUUUUCCAAUCAAACUCACUGCCUCCAACUUUUCUGUUUGGAGAAGACAAGUUCAGUCCACACUGAUAGGACUUGGUCUUAUUGGAUAUGUUGAUGGAACGGUAAUUGUCCCAAAACAAUUUUCUGAUGAUGCACAUACAGUAACUAAUCCGGCAUACACGACGUGGUAUCGCCAGGAUCAAAUUAUUGUUAGUGCCCUUCUCGGAUGUUGCUCCGACACCAUUCAACCCAUUAUCUCCUCUGCUGCGACUGCUUCUGAUGCAUGGAAGCGCCUCACAACAAGCUAUGACAACGCUUCACGAGGUCGAGUUAUCUCCCUGAAAGCCAAACUGGCAAAAUAUCCUAAAGGAAAUAGGACUAUUGUUGAAUAUCUUAAUGAAAUGCGGGCUAUUGCGGAUGAUCUAGCUUUGGCUGCCAGUCCGGUACCUGAAGAUGAUUUAGUUGUAUAUGCCAUUACGCAAUUAGGCGAGGAAUACAAUCCGUGUUUUUCAGCCAUUCGGAUUCGGGAGAAUCCAAUCUCCUUCACUGAACUGUCUGAUAUUUUGACUGAUCAUGAAAGGAUGUUGAGAGCAGCCGAUGAUCAACGCCAAACCAUGCUUGCGACAGCCAAUAUUGCUCAGAAGGGUGGUCCGAGUAUUACUGGCAAGACUAAUAAUUCUAGUCGCGACUAG